AUCAACAGCAAAGGUGGCGCCUCUCCGUCGAUGUUGUCUAAACAUCAUGAUGGAUCGUUGAUGAAGGGAGACACAUCUGGUUCAUCAUCGGUUGAACAUUAUAAUAGUUCUCAAAAACAAGAACAACUACUAGAACUACAUCCGAAGAACCUUUCUACUUCCCCUUCUAGAGGUGACAACUUUCCCUUUUCCUCUAGCGGAUCUUCGUCUUCCUCUUCGUCGGGGUAUCACAAUAACUCCUUGGAUAACAACACAAAAGCACCUGGAGACCCCUCCAAAGGAGGACAGCACGCAUCUCAUACCGACCAGCGUCAGCAUCACCCCUCCAAAGGAGGACAGCACGCAUCUUAUACCGACGAAGAGCGACGAGCGAAGUACAGGUCUAUCUUAGGAAUUCCGGAUGAUCGGCGAAAGAACGCAAAGACAAC